UCCGCUUUCACUAUUCCCACGUGUUCCGGUUGCGUCCAAUGAAAAUCGCUGAAUGGCGACAUCAAUAGCUAACGAAAAUGUGUCUAUCUUGAACUAAAAAUAAAGAAAUAAGCACCUUUUUAAAUAAAAGAGCAUGAACCCUUCAAGUAAAAGAUGAAAAGAAGUAAUAAUUCUAUACAGCUGUAAUUUUAGUAGUGUGAUCUAAAGGUUCAUCUUAAAUGGAGGUUGAUACAAGUCCAUCGUCACCAUCUGAUCAGCAAACUCCUGUAUCACCACAGACAAAGGAUGUCAGCUUACACGAUUCACAUAAUGAUCGACAACAAUCAGUAGGACAGGAAGAUGGAAACACAAAUGAAGUCACAGGAGACAAUGUUGAUUUGAAUAUGCCAUCAUCUCCCAGUUCUAAUUCUAAAGAAGACCAUGUUGAUCUGAAUAUGCCAUCAUCUCCAAGUUCUAAUUCUAAAGAAGACCAUUUAAAUGGUUCUCAGCAAGAAGAACAAAUGGAAUUUGAAGAAAAAGAAAGCAAGUUAGAUGAAUCACAGGACUAUGACAUGAAAUCUCCGGUUUCUGCUGAUAUAAGCACAGAAAUAAACGCAAGCGUGUCACAAUCACAAGCUAGUGAAUUAGACAUUUGUAAUCAAAGUUCAGAUAUAGAUGAUAAAAUGGAUGCUCUGUCAGAUUUAAAAGACAGUGACUUUGAUACAUCACGAGUUACUGACAGUGAAGAGAUUAAAUCGGAACAAUUGAAUGAUUCAGUAUAUGCAGAUGAAAAGGAUACAACUCUAGUUGAACAAGACCAAGACUCUGAUAAUGAAUUAGAUUUAACAAGUUCACCUGACAAAUCUUUUCUGGAAAAGGCUAACAAUGAGAAUUUUGAUACCUCAACACAAUCACCAAAACAGAUUGAUGAUCAAGAAGUGAAAAAUCAGGAGUCGGGUAAAAGUUCAGAUGAAGAAAUACCAAAAACGAUUGACGAUCAAGAAGUGAAAAAUCAGGAGUCUGAUAUAAGUUCAGAUGAAGAAAAUUUUGAUAGUAAUCAAGAAGAAAUGACAUCCAGUAAUGUUGAUAUUGAUAUUGAACAUUCACAACCAAAAGAUAGGUCAAAAGAAACUACCACUGAAAACAUUGAUAAGCAAGUUUCUAGUAGUAAUUUAAGUCAAAGUGAUGAAUCAGAUGGAAAGUUAUCUGAAGAAAAUAACGUCCAAGAUGGUCACAUUUCAAGUGUUCAACAAACAGAAGAUAUUGAUUCACCUGAAAACAGUGAUAUCGAAAGCUCACCUCAAAGAGAAGCUAAAAAAAGUCCACCAAUGGAUUCAAGUAAUAUGUUGGACCAAGUUUCAGAUGACGGAGAAUCUCAAGAUUUUAAAAACUUUGAAUCAAAACAGAAUGACAUGCUUGGUCCAACCUCUCCAGUUUCAGAUGAGAGUGAUUUUGAACAAGAAGAAACUUCCCAUGGUUUGAAAAAGAGUGAAAUUGUAGAUGCUGCUUCUCCAGUAUCUGAUAAUACAGACAGUGAACAGGAAGAAGGGGAAGUAACCCAAAGUAGAGAUAAAGAAUCUGUUUUAGGACCUGCAUCCUCAGUAUCUGAUUCAUGUGAUACAGAGCAAGCAAAAAGUUCUAAACAAAAUAUUGACUCUAUGUUGGGACCAGCUUCUCCAGUUUCUGAUAUAAGUGAUAAAGAACUAGGGGAAAUAACUGAAUCAAAGACUAUUGAAUCUGCAUUUGGACCUACUUCCCCUGUGUCUGAUUUGAGUGAUAAAGAACAAGGUGAAGUUAGUGAAAAUAAAAAAGUUGAUUCUAUGAUUGGACCUGCUUCUCCAGUUUCUGAUGAAAGUGAUGGGGAACUGGAAGAAGGGGAAACUAAACUCUCUAAAUAUGAUCUCUGUGGACCUGCUUCCCCUACUUCUGAAGGUGAAUUGUCUGCCCCUUCUCCUGUGUCUGAAAAUGAAAGUUUUCCCAGUGAUAGAGAAAAGGGUCCAAAAUCCCCUGAUGGACCAGGGUCACCAUCAGAAGAUGGAGAAAAGUCACAAAGUAAGGUUCCAAAUGGCAUUUCUUCAUUCAAUGACCGUCCAGCUCAGCGAUUGGAGAAGGAAUACAAAGACAUAUCUGACGAUGAUUCUUUUAGUGAUGAUGAAAAACCACAGAAAGGAAUACUAGUCUCUGAAAAAAGUGCUAAAAGUAAACAUAGUGAAAAAGUUAAGACUCAUAUUAGUAUAGCUGAUGAUCAUGGCGAAUUGGAUUACAUGGAUGAAGAUGAGGAUGAAGUUGGAAAAGAUGAAAAAGACAAGUUUGAUGACAGCAAAGAUGGUGAAGAAAAGAAAGAUCUCAAUGAACGAGAGGAUGGAGAACACGAUUCUGACAAGGAUGAUGGUGAAGUUGAAGAUGAUGAUGAUUGUGAAGAAGGAGAAAUAAAAGAACCUGGUAGUCGGAAGCCAUUUGUUAAACCUACAUGCAGAUUUUUUAUGAGAGGACUGUGUACUUGGGGAAGUAAUUGUAGAUUUUUACACCCUGGUGUUAAUGACAAAGGGAACUACAGACUGUUUGAAGAUCCUGGAGGCAAUUCAGGACCUCCACCAUGGGAAGAGAUGGAAGAGGAAGACUUGCCUCCACCACCUCCACCCCCUCCUAAAGCUGCUCCUGUAGAGUCUGCAUGGGAGAGAGGAUUACGACAUGCUAAAGAGUUGAGGAAAAAAGCUCACAAAAGAAAAGAACAAGAACCUGACUUUGAAGAAAAGAAAUUGAAUUUGUCUGUGGAUGAAGAGAGAGAAUUCAAUAAAGAGAAUGACAGACAGAAUCCUUUUUAUGAAGAGCAAGUAUAUGAUGACGAAUAUUAUGAUAAAGUGCCAUUACAUCGUACACCAGUGGAGCAGCCACCAAAUAUGUGGCAUCCAGCACAGUAUGAAAAUUUUGAAGUCAGAUGGAACAGGGAACCAGAAUGGAUGCCACCUCCUUAUAUACCUAGAGAAAGAGAACAUUUUGAUUAUCCUGCUCCUCGUCAUUAUUCACCACCACAUAUUCAUAGAUAUGAAAAAAGAAGAGAAAUUGAUCGACGGAAAGAUUACCCUGAAGAAAGAGUCACUAAUCAACCACAACAAACAUUUAAUAGACCCAGAGCUGCUGAUCAUUGGCAGGAUCCAUGGCAACGGUCAAAAUCUCCCAAAAAUAAUAAAGGCAGAAGUUCACGAAGUCAUUCCAGAGCUCGACGGAAGAAUCGUCGAUCACAUAGUUAUUCAUCCUCAUUUUCAUCAAGUUCAUUCUCAGGGUCUUCACGUUCUGGUUCACGGUCUUCAUCAUACAGUCGUUCAUACAGUAGAAGUUCAUCAGGCAGUCGUUCAUCAUCAGCUAGUUCAAAAAAUUCAAGAUCACCAUCCAAGAGCCCAGUAAAAAGACGAAAUGUUCCUAAGAAACCACCAAAGUCUGGACCAGAUGCUACUAAAACUGCUGGUCAGAAAUCAAAAGCACCGAAGAGUCCAACAAAAAGACGAUCCAGUGCACAGGCAACGUCACCUAAGAAACAACCCUCAGGAGCUGGUCCUCCUUUACAACCUUUACCCCCAGGAGGACGGGGGAGAGGCAGAGACAGAAAUGUUCCUAAACCUGCAGGGAGAGGAAAAGGUAGAAAAAGAAGUUCGAGUGGAAGCAGUUACUCAAGAAGUCACUCAUCAGGGUCCUCUUCAUCCCGAUCAUCUAGUGCUAGUAGUAUAUCAUCGGGUAGUAGUCAUUCAACAAGUACCUCAAGUGGUAGUGCUGACUCAGAACAUUUAUACAGAGGAGUUGGAGGUCGUGGCAGUUCUCCUUCACCUUCUCCCAAGAAAAAACCCAUUAAAAAGAAAAAAGCUGCACCUGGUGGCAACAAAAAUAAAUCACAAAGAGUGUCAAGACAAGGUAGUCGUGGAGAUGGUAAAGGUCCUCAAGGUCCUGGAUUAACCAGCAAGGCUAAAGAUAUGUUAAAGGUCACAGGUCAAAAGCCAAAUAUUAAACUUACACUUCUAGGCAACAAAAAGGCUAGUGAUAAACCAUCAGAGUCUGGUCCAACAGGGAAGAAACGUCCAGCAGAUUCUAAAGCAGGACCUCCAGCCAAAAGACAAGCAGUCAACAAACCUCCUCCUGAACCUGUUCAAAAUGUUGCUCCAAAACCUGUUAAAGUUAAACAAGACAAGCAGAAAUCACCUGUUGUUGCCAGUAAACCAGUGACGGCACCCAUUCCUAAGGCAGCUCCUCCAAAGCCAGCAGUAUCUCCAACAAAGGCACCAGUAAAACCACCACUUGCACAACCUGCUGCUCCAAAGGAGAAAAAGAGCACACUUAAUCGACGAGAGGAAUUGUUAAAACAAUUGAAAGCUGUAGAAGAUGCUAUAGCCAGAAAACGCUCAAAGAUGCAAUAGUCAUGUAUUUUUAAUUUAGUAUUAUUUAAUUUUGUAGCUUUAUGUAAAAAAAUUAUGCGAUUAAAUUAAGUGCAUUUAAUUAUUAUUUUAUUGUGUUCUGAAAGGUAUGAGAGUAAACUUGUAGAGAUUUUUUAAUAUGAUGAAUGACUAUGUAUUAAAUGGUAAACUCUAUAUUGAUCAUGUAAAUGUUUGAAUGAUUUAAAAAAAAUAUUUUUACAUUACAGUACAAAACAUUAGGUUUUAUAAAACAUGUGUCUUAAAACAUCCAUCAUCAAAUAGUUUCAUUGUUAAACUCAUAAAAAGUUUUGAAGCACUUUAACCAUUUAUCUUUUAUAUUCUGGUCUGAUUUAUAGUUCAAAGUUUCCAGUUUUCAUUCGUAUAACAGGGGGAUGGGGUGGGUCAAAUGUAAUUGAGAUAAAUAAAAAAAAAAUGGAGCGGACACAUUUAAAGAGGAAGUUGAUUUCUUUUAAGAUAUUUUGUUUUUGAUGUAUUUAGUGCUUUUGAAUUAUAUGAAAGAGAUACUUCAGUAUGUAAAUAUUUGUUCACUAUCAUGUGAUAAAAAGAUUUUUAUCUUGUAAAUAUGUACAGCAAAAUAAGGAGUGAUUUGUAAUAUUAUACAUGUAUGAAGAAAUGAAUGAAGUACUACCUAUAAUUUUUUACCUGGUUCCAAAGAAAGCAGUCACUGCUGUGUUUCAAUUAUCUAUGGUUGAUAACUGCAAUAAGAGUUAGUUAAAAACAAUUAGCUUAAUGUAUUAGUACUUUAGAUAUGUAAGAAACAUGCAAUUUUUGAAACGUAUUAGACACAGUCAAAGGCUAUAUGUAUUUUUCGCACUCUUGUUUAUGUUGAGUAGCUUUCUAAUUUACAUAUCCCCCUUAUCUUCUUCUAUUUAUAAGUAUAAUUCAAAGGUUUUUUUUAAUGCAAUAGUAUGUAUUGGACAUUAGCAAAUAUUUAAAAUCUGAUUAAAUUAUUUGUAUAAAUAUUUCUAUACUGCAAGUAUCUGAGUUAUCUCCCUUUAGUUAAAUGUUGACAGAAAAUUCUACAGUAUCAAUAUCUCAUAUCAGUGCAUAUUAAUUUAAACAUCAGCAUUGCCUGUUGAAAUUUAUCUGAAUUAAAAUAUGUGCAAAUUCACUGUUAACAAAAAAUGUACUGAAAACAACUGUAAUCAUCUCAAUGAAGGCUGUAGGAACUGUUAGUAUUUGCACAGCCUAAAACGCUUUUGAUUUAACUAUUAUAUUCAAAAAUAUAUACAAGAAGAAUAUGUAGACUAAAUCCCUCUCAUGGUGUUUCUAAGGUGGGUUACCUAAAAUGAAUCAGUUUAUAUUGGUAACAUUUUAAAUUGUAUGAUGUACUGCAAUGAAAAGAUAUAAAGUCAUUUAUGUUUUCAUAUUGAUCAUUUAUUAUUUUUUCAUUUCUGAAAUCUAAAACAUCUUCAUCACUUAAAAACAAUAUUGGACAGGCUCUAUUUAUGUCAUCUACAAAAAUAGUCAAUGUUGCAUAACAGAAGUUCAUUUCGGUUCAUUAAGAUUCUGGGAUUUUAAUCUUUCACAUUUCAUGUAUUACAUCUAAAUAUAGGAAAAGGGGGGGGGGGGGUUUCAGCUUAACAUAUCCAUCAGAAAAUUUCUCAGUUUAAAAAUAAAUAUUUUAGAAAAUCUUGAUAUGGAAUAUUAUGCUUAAAUUGCAUGCCAUUAUUGUUAUCUUCUUUUUAAAGAUAUUAAAAAAAAGAAGACUGGGUUAUUAUUUCUAAAUGACUGACAGAAAAAUCCCAACCAGAUAUUAAGUUUAAACAGCUGCUGUUGGUACUACUUUUAUCUUUUAGUGCAUGUAUAUUUUAAAAGAUUUGAACAUUAAUAAAUAGCAAAAUACAAUACUUAAACUUAGUAUAAACUGUGCAGUAUGCAGUGGUGUUCAAUAGUGACUUGUAAGCAGAAACCAUUUUUAUUGUACAUUACAAUCUUUAAAAUUGAAUUGUUUUGUAAUAUGAUUGCAAGAGUACAAUAUAAGAAAUUGUAUGUUGUAGUCAAAAUUAAUGAAUGAUUGUAAAACAAUAAAUUCUCAGAAUAUAAA